UAAUAAAAAAAUUCACUGCGACAGUUUGACAAUGUUUGUGGUUUGAGGUUAUGAAAAAGCAGGGAAAAUUAAUGUCAAAUUUUUUGCUACACUUACCCCACCGUAAUAAAUAACCACCAUACCUGUACUUUAAUUUACAAAGAUACCUGCUGUAUUUGUGUAAAUGUUCCUAUGAACCGUUUAUGGACCAAUUGUACAGGGUCUUGUAAAAUUAAUGGCGUGAGUGUAGCAAAACUGUAGCAUAGGCAACCAACAGAACAGUAUGUCUAACCUCGUUAAAAUUUAAGCUGCAGAUCAUUGUGGAUUUGCAUAAAGCCUUUCUUCAUAAUAGGUAUAUAAAUUGUUGAUGUUCUGCAUAAUAUAAAUGGAAUUCCUUCCCGUUAGUCGUAGAGUUUGUAGGGGGUGAACGUUCUUGUUCCCUUUUAAGGUAGGUGACACACAAUGCAACCUCAAAAACGGCACACUAAGGCGUCAAAAAUUAAUGUUCAAAUGUUCCUAUGUAUUAUAGAUUACCAAUUAUUUGUUAGGUUUUAUUUUCGUGUGAAAGGGACAUAUCUGUUCAAAAGAAAAUGGGUCCGGCUCCAGUAAUUCAUAACAUUUUGUUUAUGCGAGAAGACUAGUGUUUUUUACAGUACGACGAACAUUUGUGCGCCUUUAAAAAAGAAAAGCGGAAGUGUUCACGUGACUUGACUUGCACGACGUCCAGUUAAGAAGCACGUUCCGUUACGUUGGUGGACGGAGAGUUUUCAUCGCUGUUUGAAUAUUGAGUUUUUGUAAUUACGUCGUCUGAGAAAAGUUAAUAAAACGUGUAGGUUAGGACUGUGAUUCCCUGCAUGAAGAACAGUGGUCAAUAUUUUCGCGAAUUAAAUACAAUAACUGUUGAGGACCAUACUGUUACAAAUACAAACUUUCGUGCUCCAUGUGCUUUGACGAAAUAAAGGAUAUUUUUUUCGCAUAUUUAUAUCAGCGUUAUCCAUGAAGGGAUUUAGACUUAGUAUGUGAGCGUUUUUCUUUAAUGGUACGUACUCCUUAAACCCGCAAUACACGAUUCAAUUUUUACAUGUAAAAUACACGAAAAAUGCAUGUAAACAUUGAUGUAAAAAUAUGUGACAAUACACGUUAACAUUUUUCGUUUGCAAUAUUUUGAAUUUCUGGGAAAAUUGAUAACUUCGGAUUAUUGGCACCUACCUUCAUGUUCAAUUAAACUCAAAGUUAGGUUAGGUAAAUUUUGAAAUAUAAUGGACUUGGAUAAGAAUUUAUUAUUAAGUGCCGCCGUGAUAGCAAUAAGUGCAGCGUCAACGACUGUGUUAAAAUUGCAAUCAAAAGAAAAGAAAAAACGGAAUCGAAGAAUAUGGGUGCGUUCUUGGGUUGGAAGAAGAGAUAGCAAAGGAAUCAUGAACCUUGUGACUAAUGAAUUAUUAACAGAAGACCCAUUGGCAUUCAAAAAUUAUUUAAGGAUGUCCAACACGUCCCUAUUGAAACUGUUGGGAAAAGUGGAAAAUCUCAUUAGCAAACAGGACACUGUUAUGCGUCAGGCAAUACCAGCAAAGCAUAAACUAAUUAUUGCAUUGCGUUAUUUGGCGACUGGAGAAACAUUUAGAAAUAUUAUGUUCUCUACAAGAGUGCAUGAAUCAACCAUUGCACAGUUUGUCCCUGUUGUGUGUCGAGCAAUUUAUUCUGUGCUAGUUAAGGACUACAUCAAGUUGCCCGAAACUUGUUCUCAGUGGGAAGAAAUAGCUACAGGUUUUUAUAACGAAUGGCAAAUUCCAAAUGUGCUUGGAGCCUUAGAUGGCAAGCAUAUUGCGUUUUGUGCACCAUUAGCAUCAGGAUCCACUUAUUAUAAUUAUAAGGGAUUCCAUAGUAUUGUACUACUGGCUCUUACAGAUGCUAAAUAUCGAUUUACAUAUAUAGACGUUGGUGUGAAUGGUAGAGUGUCUGAUGGAGGUGUGUUUAGUCAAAGUGAUCUGUAUAGAGCAUUGGAAAAUAAUUCUCUCAACAUACCACUUGAUAAACCGCUGCCUGGUAUGCAACGUGCAGUACCGUAUGUAAUUCUAGCGGAUGCUGCAUUCCCUUUAAAAAAAAAUAUAUUGAAACCAUACCCAUUUCGAGGCCUCACUGAAGAACAGGCGAUAUUUAAUUAUAGGUUAAGCCGUGGACGUAGAGUUGUCGAAAAUGCUUUCGGUAUUUUGGCCAAUAGAUUCCGCAUUUUGUUGGGAAAAAUUAAUUUGGGAGCUGAUAAAACUCGAGAUAUUACGUUAGCGUGUUGUGCUCUUCAUAAUUUUUUAAUUGCUGAAAGUAAUCUGUAUGUACAAUCGGUUGAGCAUACCCCCACAACCAGUAACGAUCAACUAGGAGGAAUUGGUCAGCAAAUUGGUAAUCGUCCAAGCAAUACUGCAAUGCAAAUUCGUGAAGAAUUUAACCAUUACUUUAAUGGAAUUGGAGCAGUAGAAUGGCAAAAUAAUAUGAUUUAA